AUGGCGCAAGAUGCUGAAGCUGAAGGAGCUCUUGUGAAUGGAUUGGUUCACCAGCCAAUGGAUGGAACUCGUUCCAACAUCGGUUCCCAUGCAGCCAACACGACAUGGGGAUCGUCAUUUGACCACCUGAGCGACGGAAGUGAUCACCUGCGCCACCUGCGCAACGCCAGGCUUGAAAUUAACAUCGUCCAUUGCAACACUGUGCUCUCAGUGCGCCGACAGUGGCCAGAAGCCUUGAGCGUUCUGUCGAAAGCCAAGCAGUGGGGCCUUAGGGCGACAGUGGUGAGCUUCGGCGGCGCGCUGAACACUACGCCAUGGCGCAGAGGGGCCGAGUUGCUGCGACAGAUGCAGAUACUCCAGGUAGAAAUCAACACAAUUUGCAGCAAUGCGGCCAUCAAGGCCAUGCCACGUUGGAGGUCCUCAGCGUUUUUGCUGGUGCAGAUGAAGCUGCUGCACUUAGAGCCCAAUGACAUGACCACCACACUUCUUUCGCGAGGCGAAGCAUGGCGCAGUACGAUUCAGCGUUUCGAUCACGGCUCCACGGGUUUCCAAAGGAACACCUUCGGGUUCAACGCCAUCAUCGGCACAGCUGGAUGGACCCGGGCGUUGGCGCUUCUGGAGCUGAUGGUCGUCACUGGGGUGCAGCUGGACAUUGUUAGCCUGAAUUCGGUGCUGACGGCCAUGGUCCACAGCGCAGACGGCUGGUGCCUGGCCACCAUGACUUUGGAGUGCGGCCGUCACCGUGGGCUGCGCCAGGAUACUAUCACACUGGGAACGAUGCUCAAGAGCUUCAAAGAAGGCCACGCCUGGCCGCGAGCUUUGCAUCUCUUGCGAAGCUGGUCCAGCGGUGUGCCGUUGCGAUGUUGGAAUGCGAUGCUCAGCGUCUUGGAGCCCUGGAGCAAGGUGCUGAUGCUUCGCAGGCAUCUCCAUGGUGGAGACGAAAUCAGCGCCAAUUCGCUGAUCAGCGCAGGCAGCUGGUCCCUGGCUGCAGGUACAUUGCACCAAAUGCCUACGGAGAGGUUGAUUCCAGAUGAAAUCAGCUACAACGCGGCCAUGACAGCCCAAGUUCAACGAGGUGGAUCUUGGUUGAUGGCAUUUCUGUGGCUGGCAACCAUGAAGACGGGGAAGGUUUCACCCAGUGUCAUCAGCUUCAACUCGGCAAUCAAUGCCUUGAACUUCCAGAAUUCGUGGUCCUUGUUUUUGGCUUCACUUCAGCUACUAUGUGGAGCUGGACUGGUGCCCAGUGCAGUGACCUUCAACACAGGCCUUGCUCUGUGCGAGAAGCAGCCAAGACCAUGGUCUUGGCUUCGCUCUAUGCUGAUGUUUUCCAGCAUCCGCAAAACGAGCCGUCGCGACGCCAUCAGUUUUUCCACCCUCAUCUCCUCCUCUCGCUGGAUCUUCGCCUUGACUUUGCUGCAAGUUGCAGGGGCGCAACAAGUGCAGCCGACCAGCGCGGGGCUGGGGGCUCUUGUCGCCGCUGUUGGCGAAAGUCGUUGGAAUUGGCAGCGCAGCUUGUGGCUUUACCACCUGCCUGGUGCAGCCACCGUCCUAAGUCGUUUGGCCGCCUGCGAAGCCUGUGAAAGCAACGCGGCUGUGCUCAGCGCGCUGCCACGUUUGCUGGAGCAGACAGCUCAAAACGCCCUGCCGAAACGGUGA